UAACAUAAGCAGCAGCAGAAAUUAUGACGAUUUAUUCUUCUUCUAGGGUUUAUGCUGUCGUAUUAUUCGUGUGCUUAUUUGUUUUUGCAUCAUGCACUGCUGAAUCUGAAUCUGAAUCUGUACCUGAGAAAGAAUUUGUGCUGACUUUAGAUCAUUCCAAUUUCUCUGAUGUUGUUUCUAAACACAAUUUCAUCGUUGUUGAAUUCUACGCUCCAUGGUGUGGUCAUUGUAAAAACCUAGCUCCAGAGUAUGAGAAGGCCGCGUCUGUGUUAUCAAGCCAUGACCCUCCAGUUGUUUUAGCAAAGGUUGAUGCCAAUGCUGAAGAGAACAAGGGACUAGCACAACAAUAUGAGAUACAAGGUUUCCCCACUCUCAAGAUUUUCAAAAAAGGAGGCGAAGUUAUUCAGGAUUAUAAAGGCCCCCGUGAGGCUGAUGGCAUUGUUGAGUUUUUGAAGAAGCAAGUUGGUCCUGCCUCGUUUGAAGUCAAAACUCCAGAAGAUGCAGGUAGCCUUAUUGAUGACAAGAAAGUCGUUGUGGUAGGUAUUUUCCCCAAAUUAUCUGGGGAAGAAUUUGAUAACUUCUUGAACUUGGCUGACAAGCUUCGUUCGGACUAUGACUUUGUUCACACUACAAAUGUUAAACUUCUUCCCCGUGGGGAUUCAUCGGUGACCGUCCCAACUGUUAGGUUGCUCAAACCAUUCGAUGAACUAGUCGUUGAUUCCCAGAAAUUUGAAGUCGAUGCUUUGGAGAAGUUCAUUGAAGAUGCUAGCACUCCUUUGGUGACACUCUUUGACCAGAGCCCAGCCAACCAACCAUUCCUAGUCAAAUACUUCGAAAGUCCCAACACAAAGGCUAUGCUGUUCUUAGAUUUCAGUCAUGAGCAUGUUGACUCUUAUAAGUCAAAAUACUCGGAUGUUGCUGGUGAAUACAAAGGAAAGGGGUUGAAUUUCCUCUUGGGUGAUGUUAAGGCUAGCCAAGCUGCAUUGCAGUAUUUUGGGCUUACCGAAGAUCAGUCACCUGUUCUUAUUGUACAAAACACUAAUGGUCUGAAGUUUAUCAACUCAAAUGUUGAAGCUGAUCAACUUGCUCCUUGGUUGAAGGACUAUAUGGAUGGAAAAGUGAAGCCAUUUAUAAAGUCAGAACCUAUUCCUGAAACCAAUGAUGAGCCUGUGAAGGUGGUGGUCGCCAAUAGCCUUAGAAAUAUGGUUUUGGACUCCAACAAGAACAUUUUACUAGAGAUCUAUGCACCAUGGUGUGGGCAUUGCAAGAAAUUGGCUCCGAUAUUGGAUGAAGUUGCUGUCUCGUUUGAAAAUGAUGCCAAUGUUAUGAUAGCAAAAUUCGAUGGAUCUAACAACGACAUUCCAAGCGACACAUUUGAAGUUCAAGGUUACCCGACGCUAUACUUCAAAUCUUCAAGUGGUAAAGUGGUUCCAUACGAAGGUAACAGGACAAAGGAGGAUAUAAUCGAGUUCAUUCAAAAGAACCGAGAGGAUGAGGCCUCUCCAAAAACCACAACGACAACCACCACCACUGAAUCAGGCAAAGAUGAGCUAUGAAGAGUUUUUCUCCUAGAGUUGUCUUUUAAUAUUCGUAGGUCAGUUGCAUGUACUCUUUAUGUUAUGAGACCAAGUUAAGUUGUGGAUUUAUCGUUCCAUCACUAGUACCAACAACACUCAUCACCACCCCCACCGCCACCACAUUGUCGCUACCAUCAUUACCGUGGACUUUUUGUAGUGCAUGAUAUGAAUAAAGUCUUGUGACUAGAAUGAAGAUAAAUAAAAUAAAAUCGAAGUAACUUUUGUCAA